AUGUCACCAACUUUGUUAGCCUUUCCCAAGUCUACCGAUAAAAAACCAGUUCAAAUCGACCUCACCUACCAACAUCCAGAUCCAGAGGUUCAAGAGGAAUAUGAAGAUUCGAGCUCCGAAUCAGAGCCAAAUUUCAAGAAAUCAGAGACCCGUUUGGAAAAACGUAACAAUACUUCGAACAGGAACUCUUCAAUCGGAUUGAGUGGGUCUAACACCCAAUCAAAGUGGGCACUUGGAGGUCUUGCAUGUACGAUGCCAUCACAUGGAGCUGUAGGGUUGAAAACCCAGUUGGGAUUUCUCGGUCAAGGGACUCUUUCAUCUGUUCACAUCAAUAAAGAUGGCUGGAUUUACGGUCAACGCUUAAUCUUCCACACCAACAAUAUCCCAAAUCAAUCCCUGUUCAGAAAAGUCUCCUUUGUCCGUGCUGACACUCAGCCAAUAACCUUACGGGUCAAUCAGGAUCAAGUCAUUGGUCAGGGAAGCAUGCGGAUCACUUAUAAGGCGGUGGUUAAGAUUGUGGAAGGAAAUGGUGAAGUAACACUUGUGGAUUAUGUUGCAAAGAAACGAUUCCACGACUUGACUCCUUCCAUUGAAAAACAUGCUACCGAUGCACUCAUGUACGAGGCAAGUGCACUACUCUUGGAUAGUUUCAAGAAGGUUCUUUCAAGAUGUCGAGCUCUUCAUAAAGCAUACCGUAAGAAGUUGCAGUUACUAGAAGUUAUAAGACAUGCGGUAGUUGUAACUGGUGAUGUCGAUAUCCCCUCCAAAGUUUACUUUAUUGAGGCUGCAUUAAAAGGAAAAUAUGUGAAGUACUCCAGUAAUACCGACUUUAACGUGGAUGAAGAAGAAGAAGGAAUCGAUCCUAUCAUAUGCCGUUUGAUGAAUACCUUUACACACUGGAGUUACCACGAAUCUGCAGGCCAACAACUGAUUUGUGACUUACAGGGAGUAGGCCCUAUCAUCACUGAUCCUCAAAUCAUUGAUGUUGAUCAAAC